AGCGAGGCGGAAGUGCGGUCUCCUCAGGGCGGCUGUCUCUGGGCGGGCCGAGGGAGGCUCCCGAGGCUGGGGGCCGGGCCGGGAUGGCGGCAGCGGCGGCCGGGGCCGGGGCCGGGACGGCCCAGGAGAAGCAGUUCCCGCCGGCGCUGCUGAGCUUCUUCAUCUACAACCCGCGCUUCGGGCCGCGCGAGGGCGAGGAGGAAAAUAAAAUUUUAUUUUACCAUCCAAAUGAAGUUGAAAAGAAUGAGAAAAUUAGAAAUGUUGGAUUAUGUGAAGCUAUUGUACAGUUUACAAGGACCUUUAGUCCAUCAAAACCUGCAAAGUCUUUACAUACACAGAAGAAUAGACAGUUCUUCAAUGAACCAGAAGAGAAUUUCUGGAUGGUCAUGGUUGUUCGGAAUCCUAUAAUUGAAAAGCAAAGUAAAGAUGGAAAACCAAUUGUUGAAUACCAAGAGGAGGAGUUGUUGGACAAGGUUUAUAGUUCAGUGUUACAGCAGUGCUAUAGCAUGUACAAGCUUUUUAAUGGUACAUUCCUGAGAGCCAUGGAAGAUGGAGGUGUCAAGCUCCUAAAAGAAAGAUUAGAGAAAUUCUUCCAUCGGUACUUGCAAACGUUGCAUUUGCAGUCAUGUGAUCUCCUUGACAUUUUUGGUGGAAUCAGCUUCUUCCCAUUGGAUAAAAUGACUUAUUUGAAAAUCCAGUCCUUUAUUAAUAGAAUGGAGGAAAGCCUGAGUAUAGUCAAAUACACUGCCUUUCUCUAUAACGAUCAACUAAUCUGGAGUGGGUUAGAACAAGAUGACAUGAGAAUUUUAUACAAAUACCUCACCACAUCUCUGUUUCCAAGGCAUAUCGAACCUGAGCUGGCAGGAAGGGAUUCUCCAGUAAGGGCGGAGAUGCCAGGAAAUCUUCAACAUUAUGGAAGAUUUCUUACUGGACCCUUGAACCUUAAUGAUCCAGAAGCAAAAUGCAGAUUCCCCAAAAUUUUUGUAAAUACAGAUGACACUUAUGAAGCACUGCAUUUAAUUGUUUAUAAGGCCAUGAGUGCAGCUGUUUGCUUUAUGAUUGAUGCCUCUGUACAGCCCACAUUGGAUUUUUGCCGAAGACUGGACAGCAUUGUUGGGCCCCAGCUCACGGUGCUGGCGUCCGACAUCUGUGAGCAAUUUAACGUCAACAAAAGGAUGUCUGGGUCUGAAAAAGAACCCCAGUUUAAGUUUAUCUACUUCAACCAUAUGAAUUUAGCCGAGAAAAGUACAAUUCACAUGAGGAAAACACCUAGUGUGUCACUUACAUCUGUGCAUCCGGACUUAAUGAAGAUUCUGGGUGACAUCAACAGUGAUUUUACUAGAGUGGAUGAGGACGAAGAAGUUAUUGUGAAGGCAAUGAGUGAUUACUGGGUUGUUGGGAAGAAGUCUGACCAGCGGGAGCUGUAUGUUAUUCUGAAUCAAAAAAACGCAAACCUGAUUGAAGUAAAUGUCCUGAUGGUUGGUCUGGUCCUCCACGCCCUGUGGUUCCAGCAACCGCCUCGGCUGAUCCUGAUAGCUGCUUGCGCUGGAGGAGAGGAUGGUGUCCCCUUCGCCACAUCGGGCUCCUCUGCUCUUCUGCUCGAGCUGGAGUGGGAGAGCUGGGGGAUUGCUCUAUACAGGAGAAAAGUUGGGUGUGAGGUUUCAUUUUUUGCACAAAUCUGCUAGGACACGGUUCAUUUUUUUCUUACUAGUACUUGUAGUGAGAGUUGCAUGCAUUAGAAACAGCAGUGACUCACCUCGGCACAGGGGGAGUUGAGUCAUGAUGGUGCCACCUCAGCAGGGCGCUUGAACCACAGCCCUGGUGGCAGUUGGGGUUCCUGGGGGGUUGCACCCAAUUGCUCAAUAUUUUAGAAGUUGUGCUCCAGGCCCCCAACUGGUGGGUGUCUCCAGCACUUGCGGUGUUAGGCAUGUACCUCCCUGGGCCCAGACCAGCCGCAUGUUGAUGUGUGGAACAGUACUGAGGCCUUUAGGCACGGGAGGCUGACUUUUUGUUGUCCUUUUCCUUGAUUGAUGACCAUUUCUGACCUACGCCUUAAGAGAUUAAAGGUCAUUCAAUGCAGACAUUUAUUCCCAACUAUAUUCCAGAAGAGUUUAAGGUACUAAAAUAUAACCUAUAACCUUUCAGGUGAAAACCUCAGUUUCUC